AUGCGGCUCGGCCGGUUCGUGUCGGCCGUUGCGGUUCCCCCCUCAGAGGAUGGCACCCGUUCGGGGGACUACACGGAUCCCUCCCGCCGCGCGCAGUCGCCUGGGCUCGAGGUGGCGCUGGAGGAUUUCGAGGUGCUCGACGUGGAGGAUGGUGGACGCCAGCUGGGCAAAGGAUCGUUCGGCGUUGUGCGCAGGAUCCGCCUCAGAGGGACGGAUGACGUGUACGCCCUGAAGGGUCGGUGA